AUGGCUCGUACGCGCUCUCAGAAGGAGAAGGCUCAGGGCAAGCCCAGCCGCGAGAGGAGACUGGAGAACGCCACCCAUGCGGAGGAGGUCGCCGCCCAUGAGGAAGAGCUGCAGGACCCCGUCCAGGCAGCGGCGGUGAGGAUGACGAAGGAGCAGUAUGCGAAGUCGAUAGAAGAUGGACUGGCGGCAGCAAAGGCGCAGUGGUUAGAGAACACAAAGGGAACCGGAGGCACCUCUGAAAUGUUCGACGGAGAGCUGGGCGCAGGGCGCCGCUACCACUGCCCCUUCCGGCCGUGUGACAAGGAUUUCGCUCGGAGGGCAGAUUACCAGCGCCAUCGGAAUUCUCACCACCUCAAGCUCAAUAUCAAGCGUCGAUCGGGGUUCAAAAACCACUUGGCGGAGCAUGACUUCGCGCCCGAAGACCUCACGGAUGACAGACUACUAGCAUAUCUUGUCAACAAACCCCCCACAAGCGCACCUCCCGGGGAAGCGGUGCCCGAACCCCCAACUAGACGUCGCCCCCGUACCAAACGCCACCGACGUGUCAAGGGCGGCGGUCGUGUCAACGGCCGUGACCACAUCGAGAGAGGCGGAGAUUUCGCGCCCGCCAUCGCUGGCCCGUCGAUGUAUGCAGGCUCAGACGCACCGUUAUCUUACGGUGGGGACUUCGUCUCUGCUGCGCCACCGUACAGUUCGACGCCGCGGUUUGGUGAGACACCGCUGCUUCCCGUCCCUCAUAGCGAAAGCUACGCCAGCACUCCCGGUCUAUCUCCCUCCGGCCUGAGCCCUUCUCCGGGUGUCUCGGAAGCGACGUAUGACGACCUUGCCGCGUCCUGGGCUGGUACCUCCCAGCCGAAUCACAGCGAAGAACUUACUCCCAGUUUCUACUUGCUCCCUGAAAACCCGAGUGGGCACUCUUCCAGCACGGGCUCGCCGGGGUACACGCCCUAUCACGGCGCGCCUCUGAACGGAUACCUGUGCCCCAUCCCUGUGUCGCACGGCAACGCGUUCCAGCAAUCAGAUCCACCAGAGUAUGGACAAGCCAUGCACGCUCCAUAUCCUUAUAGUAUCCAGGAAGGAUAUGAUAUGCGCUCUUUUGCGCCCGCUUGGACCUCGUCCCAGGAGGGCUACGGGGUGUGCUCGCCCGAGAGCCAGCCUACGUACCCGCUCCAGUCGUGGUCGGAUCCGUACGUGCACACGCAGCCGCAAAUGGUGCAACCGACAGCCUCGAAUCCGCCCGCCUUGGACAUAUCUUUCGCUUUGGACCCAGCGCUCGCCUCAGACCCAUUGUUCGCCUCAGACCCAUUGUUCGCCUCAGACCCAUUGCUCGCCUCGGAUCCAUCGCUCGCCUCGGACCCAUCGAACCCUUGCGACGUGGAGGCGCUCGAGUACGCGAAAGCAUGGUGCCCCUCUCAGUUGUCGUCUGCGCUGUUCGACGAUUACUUGAAGUUGAACUUCCCGCAGUCCCUGUAGCUGCCUCUUGAUCCAGUUUGGUUUGGUUUUCCCCAUGGACAGUUUUGGACCGCUCGUUUCGCGCUUGUUGUUUAGCCUGUCCUUCGUGUAGCAUGCUCAGUGAUACGUUUGUAUAGUUCGCAUACCC